GCGUUCAGUUAGCGGCAAGGCGGGAACUGUGAGGUCAUUGUCAAAGCGGAGUCUCGGCUUCCAAACGUACGAGCAGCCAAUUCUCAAUUUUCAUUUCAUCUUUCGCCCCCUUGUCUAUAUCAAAAAAAUCCACAUUGCAAAUGUCGCACCAGCCUCGACGGCAGUCAUGUCUCGGUACGAUGUUCUGAGGCGGGAAGAGGCCGUCGGCGCCGGGCGCGCGGCCGCCCAAGCCGGUGUUAUCGGGGCCGCACGCUGGGGUGUCGGCUUCGCGAUCCUGGGCGGCCUCGGGUACGCCAUAUCGCCGAUAUAUAGGGGGUUGACGAUUCAAUUCAAGACUUACAUUCAAAUGUCGGGCAUGGUAUUCGGCGGUAUGAUCGAGGCGGAUAGAGGCCUCAGGAGAUUCGAGGCUGAGCAAAGGUCGCGGAGGCGAGCGGCCAGGAAUCAAGUCGCGUGGGAGGCUUAUGAGAAGGAGUUGAGGGCGCUCGAAGGUGAGGAGGACAUGAAUUUUCCGGAUCAAAGGCAGUCAACGAAGGGCAUCGAACCCCCAAGCAAGCCAGGCGACGCAUCAGACUCGAAGUAAAUAGCGUCUUGAGGGGAGCAGGCCCCAGGACUGCCGUGCAGAGGUGUUUGUAGGCUGGCCCAAGCCUCCAACUCCUACUAAAUGCAAUCGACGCCCUGCUGUUAUCACAUUUUGAUCAUGAAAUAGUCCAAACUCUCAGAAGAUCAACAAUCAUCAUUACAUUUCAUCAGUCUAUUUAUCGUUCCGAAGUAAAUGAGCGUCGCAGUCC